AUGUCAAAUAUAAUUGCUUUUGUUGUUUUUUUUCCAGAUGAAGCUAGUGGGGCAGCAACCGGCAAAAGUAUGCAUCAUUCCAAGCAGCAAACCCCUGCCUCCACAUCCACGUCUGUGAAUCAGCCUGAGGAACCACCACUGCCCCAACUUGAUACAGAAACCAGUACACAUGAGCUGCCCAGUGAAUCAUCAGUUCCUUACCUUAACCGUAAAAGUGAGUCACCCUUGCCAACACCAAAUCCUGAAAAAGGAAAAAAGCGAAUUGCUCAAGCUACAUUAUUAGAAAUGAAUAAACCAAAAAAACAAAAACUUUCAGAAAAUGAAAAGACAGCCAUAGGAAGGGCAAUUACUAGGUAUAUUGUAAAAGACAUGUUGCCAUUUAGUACUAUUGCUAGUGAACCUUUUCGUCAAUUACUUGCUUCUCUUAACCCACAGUUCAUUCCUCCUAACAAGGAAACUUUAUCAUCAAUAUAUAUACCAGCCUGGUAUGACGUGGAAGUGCAGAAAUUGACACAAGAGCUGUCUGGAGUAUCUUACAUAGGAAUAACGGCAGACCAUUGGACAUCACUCAAUGGAGAUCAUUACCUAACAGUGACGGCUCAAUUUGUGAAGAACUGGUCACUUUACUCAAAAGUGUUGCAAACUAAGGCAGUUUAUGAGUCACAAACAGGUGAGGCUAUUGAAAGUGAAAUAAAAGAUAUUCUUAUAAAGUUUGGAAUAGCAGACAAAGUAGUAGGUAUCACAGUAGACAAUGCAGCUAACAUGGCGGUUUGUGCCAGAAAACUCAAUAUCAUACACCUCCCAUGUUUUGCCCAUAGCAUGAACAUUUCUGCAAGUAAGCUCUACAAUGAAACAACGUUUACAAGAUGGCUUGCAAGAAUUAGGUCAAUAGUUUUAUGGUUCAAAAGAGUUCAUCUGGCUGGUGUAGUUUUGAAAGAAAAAUUACAAAAUUUAGAGUUACCUAACCAUAAUGUUGUUCUAGAUGUCAAAACCAGAUGGAACUCCAUGUACCUUAUGGUAGAGCGGUUUGCAGAGAUAUACCCUGGCUUAAGUUCUGCAUGUAGAGAUCCGAGACUGAAAACACGAGCAGAAAAAGAGAAAGUUGAAAAAAUAACAGAUGCAGAUCUACAAAAAGGAGAGGAAUUCAUACAGACAAUGAAAAUUCUUUACACUAGCACUAAAGCAAUCUCAACAGAUAAGCUUCCAACAGUCGGGCAAGUGUUUCCAACAUGGAAUAAACUGAAAGAGGGAUUUAAUAUCCAAGAGAGUGACAGCGAAUUCAAACAACUGAUCAAAAGAACAGUAUGGCGUGACAUGCAGAAACGCUAUCAGGAACCAACUGUUGCUGAUUUUCUUGAGGAGGCUGCUGCACUUGACCCAAGGUUUAAAAGUAAACUUCAGGGCAAUGAAGUAUGGGCGCGCUUGGAGUUAAAAGUUGCAGAUAUGAUACAGACAGCUACAAAGCCUACUGUUACAAUCAAGCAGGAGUGUGAUUUAGAUAGUGCAAGUGGUACAUCAGUUACAUCAGAAUCUCCUUGUGAUAAGCCUGUACAGUCUCAGUCAGAGUCACAAGUUGAACUUUGUCAAGAUGUCAAACCGGUCCUGAAAUGUAAAAAAACAGCAAUUGAAGAGUUAUUUACAGAUGAUGAGGAUGAUGUAACAGUUACCAGAGUUGAUGAUAUACCAACACCACAAAUGCUUGCACAUUCUCAGAUACAACAAUAUAGAAGUAUGCCUAAAAUCAAAGUAAAUGAAAAUCCAUUGGAUUUCUACAAAGCCCACUUAGACAAGUUUCCUAUUAUUGCAGACUUAGCUUGCAGAUAUUUCUGUAUAUCUGGAAGUAGUGUACCUUCAGAAAGAGUGUUUUCACUUGCAGGGAAUACUAUUAGUCAGGAACGUGUUCGAAUUGAUCCUGAUAAAGCUGAUAUGUUGAUCUUUUUGCACAAGAAUGCUGACUAGUUGAACAUUUAUAAUGAUGAAGAGAUUAUAGUUCCUGUAGUUAUAGUUCCUGUAGUUAAGGUUCUUUUUAAACAUUUCAUUCCCAAUAUUCUAUAUAAAAGGUAGCUGUUCAAUUAUCAGCUAAACUUUAUACUGUUUCAAAUCCAGUGAAAUCACUUGUUUGUCAAAGGUGUUUACAAGAUGUGUUAAACAGUUAUUUCUAGUCAAAAAUCAUUAACUAGUCAUAAUUAUCAUUUGUUAAUUAUCAGUUUUUACUUACUGUUUAUCCGUUAAUGUUGAAUUCUUUCUUGUACAUGUACGGUGUACCUAUUUGCUUUUAGUAGCUGUUAAAAUGUUGAUAUGUUUCUUGAAUAAAAUUUU